AUGACGUCUUGCUCCUCGCGCUUGUGCUUCCUUUCCGCAGCCUUUUUCUUCCGUUCUACACUCCUCGCCCGCUUCUCAACCUCAUCCCGUGCCUUGCGUUUCUUCCGCUCCUUAUUCUUCUCGUCCUUAUUCUUCUCGUCCUUUCUUCUCUGCGCAUCCGGUUGA